CUCGCAGAUCUUUUCCGAAGUUGUUUCGCCCUGAGCAAAUGUCGGUGACCACGAACGGGCAGUCGUACCCCAAGAAGGUGGCCGUGAUGGGCGGCGGCGCCUUUGGCACAGGGAUGGCGCAGCUCAUGGCGAGGAAGGGGUGCAAAGUGAUGGUCAGCAGGGUGAAGAGAGAGGAUGCAAGGCACCCAGCAAGCCGCCAGAAGAGAGAUCUGCGUCUGUUUGAUUUGUUUUGUUUGUUUGUUUAUUUGGCUUUCAGUUGCAAGUGCGCGAGGCGGAGGCCAGGGAGGGCAUCAACAACGACCAUGAGGUAGGCAGGCACGGAUCACGCCAGUGAGAUCUGUGUGGCGUGAAAUGCUCUCUUUAUCUGUGUGUCUGUGGGCUGUCAGAACACACUUUUCCUGCCCGGCGUCAAGCUGGAGCCCUCCAUCACUGCCGUGGACGGCGUGCCAGAAGCCGUCAAGGACGCUGAGAUGAUAUUCCUGGUCAUACCCACACAGUUCCUGCGGAAGUUCAUUCAGGUGUGACAUGAGAAAACAGGACAAGAGAGCCGCACUGCAGGCGCCAUGGCAUGGUGGACGUGUCUGUGUCUGUGUCUGUGUCUGUGUGUUUAUUGCGUCAGACGUUUCACUCGUGCCUGCCGGUGGGUGUGCCGAUGGUGUGCUGCGCCAAGGGCAUCGAAAACGACACCCUCCAGACGCCCUUUGAGAUCAUGGAGGAAGAGCUGCCCGGCAAGUACCACCGACAUCUCGGGGUGCUUACCGGCCCCUCGUUCGCGCGCGAGGUCGCCGAGGGGCAGCAGACAAACGUGACAGUCGCUGCACGAGACCCAGAGGUCAACGCACACCGACACACACACUCGUCGGACGAUGUGUGCACACCGGGAUAUAUAUAUAUGUGUGUGUGUGUGCAGAUAGCCAAGAAGGUGCAGUAUGCGGUGAGCGACGAGUGUUUCCGCGCCUACACGUCGUCGGACGUCAUCGGGUGUGAAAUCUGCGGAGCCAUCAAGAACGUUUAUGGUGAGCGAGGCCCACACAGUGGUGAAGUGUCGGUGUGUGUGUGUGUGUGUGUGCGUGUGACUGUGUGUGUGUGUGUUUGUGCAGCCAUUGCGUCGGGAGCGCUCGAGGGCUUUGGAAUGGGGUAAGCGAAGCGACCAGCCCUGCUCCAUUUAUAUCUCAGUUGUCGUCAUGCCUUCCUUGCCCACUUCUGUCUGUCAGAUACAACGCCCGUGCAGCGCUCAUCACGCGCGGACUCGGUGGGUGGCGCACACAGACAGACAGACGUCCACAGAAGGAACGGCGUCGCUGACUGUGCGUUGAUUGAUUGUAUGUCUGUUUGUUUGAUGGAUGGAUGGAUGGAUGGCUGGAUCGAUGGAUGCAGCCGAGAUCUCCCGUCUGGCGGUGCAGAAGGGUGCCUCCCCCCUCACCAUCAGCGGCCUGGCCGGCGUGGGCGAUCUCACCCUCACUUGCACCGGCACUCUGUCCAGGAACUGGCAGGUCAGAACAAAGUACAACAUAGAUACGAAGAUAGCCUAGCCCACCAACACACACACACACACACACACGUAUCUUUGUUCCUUCUUGUGCAGUUGGGGAAUCGGAUGGCGAAGGGCGAGACUUUGCAGCAGAUCACGGAGAGCAUGAGGGCGGUGGCCGAGGGCGUCCACACCGCCAAGUCGCUCCAUCAGCUGAUGGAGACGAUGGGCAUACACAUGCCCAUCGCCGACGAGAUCUACAAGGUGAGCAAGCCAAGCACCACCAAACACACUGACACCCUUUCCUCCCUCUGCUCUGUGUCUAAUCUAACUGUGUCGUUCAUGCUGUCAUGCCUGCAGGUGCUGUUUGAGGGCAAGGGCAUGAAGGAGGCGUUGGCAGCGCUUCGCAGCAGACCUCUCAGGGAAGAGGUCGACCCCUCCGUCAUCGAAGCCGCCAAACAGCUGCCAUCCACCGGCGUGCAGAAGACGGGCUCCGGCGCAUUCUACUGAGUGACCACGAUGGGGUCGAGAGGCAUGGCGUUUCUCGAGUAAAGAAAGACAUGAACGUCCUGCAUGUGGGUGGGGUGCGUGUAUGUGGCUGAAUCAAUCCCAUUUUCUCGCACUUUCUGAUGCCGAAUGGAAUGCUGAGGGGAUCCGCCUCUUAUUUAUUUUUGCCAGAGAUGGGCACCCUUCUGCCUGCAUGUAAGGGUGCCUGUGGUGCGUGG